GAUUAAUCUGACAUACGUAUUUUGUGCACAAUACUUUUGAGUUAACUUAUUGCACAUAUAUUACAUGUGCAAACCGUAUAAAAACAAAAGCGAAUUGGUUACAAACUUAUAACGUGCAAAACUUUCGUGCUAACAUAGAUAAGUAAAAUAUCAAGUUAAUUUUUCAAACAAUUUUAUCGUGUAUUUAAUUCAUACGUCUACGUAAUUGAUACAAAAGACAACCAUGAAUAAAAUCAUCCAAGCUUCACUAGUGUUUUUAGUAGCUGUAGUUUUUGAACAUGUUUACGCCCAGCCCACUACUACACCAUGUUCUUUAUCAAUCUAUCGAUAUUUGUAUAACUUACCCGGUGAAAAAAUUCGGCCAAAUUUACCAGCAAGUACUUAUAUUUUUGGUAAGCAAAUUGGACCAGAAGAAGCACAAGGAAGUGAUCCUAAACCAUCAAUAUUAAAGCCAACAACUGCUGCUCCAGAAUACUUACCACCAUCAGCACCAUCAACAACUUUCUUACCACCACAACCAGUAUCAACAACAUACUAUCCACCACCGACUUUCCCAUCAACCACAAAAAAACCUUCAACAUCUGCUCCAAUAUAUAUUCCACCAAAUCCGUACUUCCCGGAAGCAUCAAACACAAUUGCCGUAAAAUCGGUAAAACCAGAUUGUGACAAUCCAGCGCAUAAGCAUCAAACUCCAUUACCAUUUUUCCCACAAUACGAUUUGCCUAAAUUGCCUCAAGCUACAUUUUUUUAUCCACAAGUUGACAUACCACAGCAACCUCCAAAACCAAUUUUCCCCAGCUACAAUCAAAUAAUUCCUCAAUUUAAGUUUGCAGCACCAACUCCACCAAGUUCCAUUUUCAUAAGCAAACCAACUGAAAAUUGUGAUAAACAUAUUCAUGUUUCAUCAACUGCAUUGCCAUCAACCACACCUGAAGUAUUAGAAACCAGACAAAAAGACGUUGUAAUUCUUCCAGAUCCUCUACAAGUCUUAGACGCACCAAAAGCUGACUGUGGACACCCUGAACACCAACAUCAAUUUGCUGAAACAAAAGGAUAUCCACAACAAAGUCUCGGCGUUCCAUCUGAAGAUUAUGGUGUGUCAUCUCAACCAGAUAAUCAACCAGCUCCAUCAGCCGGAUAUUCUUAUGAUAAACCAAGCCCAUCUUUUGGAUACCCACAAGUUACUCAAUUAGGUUAUAACUAUCCAAAACCUAGCCCAUCUUUUGACUUCCCAGGAUAUUCGAAACAAGCAACAUCAUAUGUAGAGUCUGAGUCUGAUAAGUCCAAAGUAUCGACUGCCAAGGAAGACGGUGAUUUAGUUAUACUCAAAGUGUAAAAUCCUAAACGCUUUAGCGUUAAAAAAUUUCUAAUUAUAUAAUUAUGGUUAAAUUAAUUUUACUUAAAAUUUUGGGUAAUGUGAAGUCAAUACUAAGUUACCAAUCUCGCACAAAGGACUUUUGUUACCAUUAUUUUUAAAUGUUAUUUUCAUCUAUUUUAUUAUUAUAUUUUAUUGCUUCGAAUGGCGGUUAAUAAAGCUCAUUGUAUUUUUUUUAAGGAUUGUUAAAAAAUGUAAUUUUAUUCAAUAAAAAAGUAAUAUUUUUUAAAUUA